UGUUCCUUGUAAAAAACAAUUCACCAGCUGUCACCGGGUGCUUGCAGACAGAGUCGAUCUCGUCGCUCCUGAUCUUUAUAUAACACUGGCGUUGUGUUGAUGCAGCACAGCCAUGAAGGGUAGUACUGCAAGCACAGCGUUCAUUUGUUUUGGAGCUUGGAUUCUUGGCGUUAAUGGAAUUUCAUGGUUGAAGACUCGUGUCUCGGGAACCACCAUACAGAAAAUAGCUGACCGAAAUCUGGACAGCACACAAUGGUCGUUCAAAUCCGCCUACAAAACUGGAAAGGACACCAACAAGAACAGCAUCUUCGUCGCUGAUGUCUUCAAGAAGGCAGGAGUCAUCGUUCCUCAAAUCAACAACUGGUGGUCCAGUCCAAUAGGAGCCGGUGAAUGGGGUAACCCUAACUCAUCCUAUCUGAAAGGAAAUUCCUGCUGGAGUCAAGUAUCUACGCCCGGUAUUGGUGACGUCAUAAGUGAUGGACAAGCCGUUGCUAUCGUCACCGGUCAGCAGAAAACCACCAGAGCGACCCUGGAGAAAGUUGUCAAAGACGACUGGGGAUUUCUUUCUGAUAGCCAGAAUAUUGUUUUUUGGCAUUAUUCGUGUUAAAGCUUAAUGUAUUAUCACAUUUGCCCAUUUAUUUGCAAAUGAAAUGACUUUUCCACGAAGCGUGAAAAUAUUUGGCAAAUAAAAGCAUA